CACAAAUGCGUCUUUCGCCUCGACCCGCCCCCAACCAGAGGUAAGAAGAGGAAAUAAACAGCCCAUUGCCACUCGCCGCCGCCGUCCCCCGCGCCACCGCUCCCGCCGCGCAAUUCCCGCCAUCGGAGCAAUGGACAGAUUUGUGCGAGUUUACCGUGGCGGGGAACUGGUGAAGGGGCCAAACGGGGUGGAGUUUGGGAACCUCACUGAGGAGGGGAUAUGGUUUAAGAUAGCACCCACAUUUGAUGAGCUAAUUGAUGCCGUGCACAAGAAGCUUGGGUGGAAACCUGUGACACAUAGCAUCCGUGUGCAGGGAAGGAUGAAUGUUGGCGGGGGUGCUCAUCGGCACUUCAUUAUGGUGCCUAUCGACAAUGAUAUGUCCUGGAGUAGCUAUGUCAAAGCAGUUUUCAACGGGACUGAGUGGAAUUGUCUGGAGAUUUAUGUUCAAGCAGAAAGGCAUUCCUCUACAGAGGCCACUUCCUCAGAGCUGUCUCUAGUUGCUAGUGAACCGGCGGACGUACAACGUCAAAAUGCGCAACCACGACAUCCAGAACAGGGUUCUUUUGCUAUUCCUUCAAUGGUGACAGUCAGUCCACCAAAUGAGCAUUCUCAAUCUCAACAUGCUCUACUACGAAAACCAAGAAGAAGCACCAGGACCUGUGCAAACAAUGGUGGACAGGUUGUAGAUGCAGAGGUUCAGUCUGGUCAAGAUCAAAAUGGAGCUUUGGGGACGGUUGGUACAACUUCCUAUCCUUUAAUUGGCUUGUAUGAUGCUGAUCAUCGUGCUCGUGCUUUAGUAUCAGGGCAGAAUCUAACUGAGCUCAAUCCUCGUACCCGUGAGCCUCUUCGGUUUGACAAGCGGUAUGAACACUACCUUAGGCCAGCUGGGCUGAUGGGGCUGGUGAAUAUUUGUAGGGCUGGACUGCCCUCCAUUGAUCGUGCACUUGUCUCUGCACUAGUUGAUAGGUGGAGACCUGAGACCCACACUUUUCACAUGCCCUGUGGCGAGGUCACAAUCACACUACAGGAUGUUGCGAUGAUUCUUGGACUUCCUUUUGCUGGUCGUGCUGUCACUGUAAACACAACAGAGUCCCAGAAUGAAUUGGUUGAGCGAUACCUUGGGAGAUCACCUCCAUCAGAUAGUAGGCCCCGCCCUGGGUCGAGGGUUUCAUGGGUCAGGGCUGAGUUUAAUAACUGUCCAGAAGAUGCUGAUGAGGAGACUGUUAAGCAGCAUGCCAGAGCAUACAUCCUUAGCUUGAUCAGUGGUCUAUUAUUUCCUGACGCCUCUGGUGAUUUGUACCCCUUCCACCCCUUUCCAUUGAUUGCCGAUCUUGAGAAUAUUGGUUCAUACAGUUGGGGUUCCGCUACUCUGGCAUACCUCUACAGGGCAAUGUGUGAUGCUUGCAGGAGGCAAUCGGAUCAAAGUAAUCUGACUGGUUGCCUUUUGCUCCUACAACUUUGGUCAUGGGAGCGCUUCCCUAUUGGCAGGCCAGAAAUGGUAAAGCUAAAAUACCCAAAUGUGGAGGAGCUUGAGGAUGAAAGGGAUAGACCCACAGUUGGUCUUCGAUGGGUUGUGGGUGUGUGCACGCGUCGAGCAGCUCCGGCACGUUGCUAUGAGCACUUCACAAAUGAGUUUGACUUGUUAACAGAUGACCAGGUUGUAUGGUGUCCAUAUAGGGAAGAACGGGUGAAUGAACUACUGCUUGCCCCUAUAUGUACCCAGGAUUCUCAUUUAUGGUUAACCCAAGCACCUCUAGUUUAUUUCUAUAUGGUGGAGGUUUACAUGCCUGAGAGAGUGAUGCGCCAAUUUGGUCUCCAUCAGGUGUGCCCGCCACCAUUACGGGACACAAGUGUGGAACUUCAUUGUUGUCGUCGCGGAAGGAUUCAUAAUGAUUGGGCACAGAAGCACAAGUCUUUUGUGGAUAUGUGGGAAGCAAAUGCGCAGCAUGUUAUUGUGGAAGAACGACCAUACGAUCAUGCUUACUACAUGAAUUAUUUGAGGUGGUACAGACGAUCGACACGUGUCCGCCUCUGCACACCAAUGAGAAUAAGUAAUGGUCACAAGGGUGGGACACCUGGGAAAAGUGGAAUAGCUGAUUCUGAAGAUCCUUUUCAUGCUUCUCAGCUUCGGUAUACCCCCAGGGCUCAUUUGAUCCACUCAGUGACCGACAAACUCACUAUCCUGGCAAAGGAGGCAGCUUCUCAAAAAGGCUGCUCCAGAAGUGAAUGUCAUGCUUUCGUUGAAAGAGUCACUAGAACAUGUGUGGAAGUUAUCGGUGAACUUGGUGGAUCGUCACUUUGCGAGAUUGCUAAUGUGAUUCCAUGCUCAUCAACAACAGCAACAGCUGUAGCUGAACCGGAGGUAGAGCGCCGGAAGGAUAGGGAGGCAGAGAUAAUUCAUUCCAUGGUGCCUGAUCAGGGUACCGAGUCUGUCCCUGAAUAUGAGAAGCAAUCUCAAAGCCAGGAUGGCCACACGCAAGCCAACAACACGCAAGCCAACAGCACAUUCCGCUCGAGGUUAUCAAGCAAGAGGAAGAGGGGCAGAUCAAUUCCAAGAUGAGUACUGUGCGGAUCUGUGUUUGUCGUGUAACGUAAGAAGCAGUGGGCUGAAGGAAGGACAUGAUUGUUAACAAGCUGAACUGUUCAUGGUUUGACAAGUUCAACACUUGUGCUCUCAGAAGCGAUUUGGAUCUCAAAUAUGUAGUACUAGGAGUAUGGUUUUGUUUUUUGCUUUUCUUCUGGGAGAUCUAGGAUGAGUUCCAUAUUUUCGUGUACAUGUACCAUGAUGAACCAUGGAACUGAUGUCAAUAUCGUACUUCUAACAAAGCUUGCUUCUUCUUGCCUUGCUGUGGUAUCAGGCUGGCAGUAUAACUAAUAGAGCAAUGGUGCAUUUGCUUAA